CCGGCGCGUCAGUGGAACUCGGUGCUUGGCGGUGGUUUACGUGGCUGGGGUCGAGGCCAGGGGGAAGGGCCGUCAGUCAGUGUUCAGGCGUCUGGUCUGUUAGUCCCAAUUUUCAGAUGAGUCUGAAGUCUAGAGAUGAGUGACCUGAGGGCUGCACGGAUUGGCACCACAGGGUACUUUCGCUACUUUGGCUACAUCUAGUUGUCUACCUAGGCCGGAUGGAGAAUGGUCCCCAACCAUUGCGGGGAGCACUGGGUCGGAGACAAAGGGGUCGGAGGCUUAGACACUUCAUUCUACAUGGCUUGUGUGCCAGGCCGGGAAGGGUGCUGCUAGGUUUCAACCUCUCCUGCUCUUGUGGACGUAAUUGAAUUAUUGCAGGUAGAGCUUGUAAAACCACAACCAGCUGGGGCUCUUGUUAUUUCUGUGAGCCUGGUCACCUCUUCCAGAGUAGGAUGGAGUUGUGUGGGUGGGAAAACAAGGCAGUGUUCACUCACUCAGUAUCUCCUUGUGAUGAUAGUCUCCACUGGAGGGAGUUACUAAAAUGCCUGGUAAGGUAUGGUUUGGCUGGGUACCUCUGGCAGGAUGUCUGCAAACAGAGUCUUAUUGUCUUCCCAAAGUUUGUGCCAGAGGGAUUCUGCAGAGAUCAACGUUGUAUCCUGGUGCCAGGUGCCAGCAUCACUUACCUGGAGUGGCUGAGACCCUGAGAUGUUCAGAGGACAUUUUUUCUCAAUGUUCUGUGUACUCCUGAUAACAGGCUGAUAUGCCCAAGAUAAUCUUGAAUGGUGUGACAGUGGAUUUCCCAUUCAGGCCAUACAGAUGCCAACAGGAGUACAUGACUAAGGUCCUGGAAUGCCUACAGAAGAGAGUGAAUGGCAUCCUGGAGAGCCCCACAGGUACAGGGAAGACACUCUGCCUCCUCUGCACUACACUGGCCUGGCGGGAACAUCUCCGGGACAGCGUCUCUGCCCGCAAGAUUGCCGAGAGAGUGCAAGGGGAGCUUUUCCUUGACCGGGCCUUGUCAUCCUGGGGGAAUGCUGCUAUUGCUGGAGGAGACCCCAUAGUUUGCUACACGGACAUCCCAAAGAUCAUUUAUGCCUCCAGGACCCACUCACAGCUCACGCAGGUCAUCAGCGAGCUCCGGAACACCUCCUACCGGCCCAAGGUGUGUGUGCUGGGCUCCCGGGAGCAGCUAUGUAUCCACCCUGAGGUGAAGAAGCAGGAGAGUAACCACAUGCAGAUCCACUUGUGCCGCAAGAAGGUGGCGAGUCGCUCUUGUCACUUCUAUAACAAUGUGGAAGAGAAGAGCCUGGAGCAGGAGCUGGCCACGCCCAUCCUGGACAUCGAGGACCUGGUCAAGAGUGGGAGCAAGCACAGAGUGUGCCCUUACUACCUUUCCCGGAGCCUGAAACAGCAAGCCGACAUCAUCUUCAUGCCGUAUAAUUACUUGCUAGAUGCCAAGAGUCGCAGGGCGCACAAUGUUGACCUGAAGGGGACAGUGGUGAUCUUUGAUGAAGCUCACAAUGUGGAGAAGAUGUGCGAGGAGUCAGCGUCCUUCGACCUCACCCCCCAUGACUUGGCUUCAGGACUGGACGUCAUAGACCAGGUGUUGGAGGAGCAGGCCAUGGUGGCACAGCAGGGCGAGCUCCGCCUGGAGUUCAGUGCAGACUCCUCCAGCUCAGGUCUAAAUAUGGAGCUAGAAGACAUCGCAAAGCUGAAGACAAUCCUACUUCGCCUGGAGGGGGCCAUUGACGCUGUCGAGCUGCCUGGAGAUGACAGUGGUAUCACCAAGCCAGGGAGCUACAUCUUUGAGCUCUUUGCUGAAGCCCAGAUAACGUUUCAGACCAAGGGCUGCAUCCUGGACUCACUGGACCAGAUCAUCCAGCACUUGGCAGGACGCACCAGAGUGUUCACCAACACAGCUGGGUUGCAGAAGCUGGCGGACAUCAUCCAGAUUGUGUUCAGUGCAGACAUGUCCGAGGUUGGCCCCAGUUCUGCUGUGGGGCUGGGGACCUUACAGUCCUAUAAGGUGCAUAUCCACCCUGACACUGGUUGCCAGAGGACAGCUCCACGGUCAGACUCCUGGGGCACCACUGCCCCCCGGAAGCCAGGGAAAGUGCUGAGCUACUGGUGUUUUAGCCCUGGCCACAGCAUGCGUGAGCUGGUCCGCCAAGGUGUCCAUAGCCUCAUCCUCACCAGUGGCACACUGGCCCCGGUGUCCUCCUUUGCCCUGGAGAUGCAGAUCCCUUUCCCGAUCUGCCUGGAGAACCCCCAUAUCAUAGAGCAGCACCAGAUCUGGGUGGGGGUUAUCCCCAAAGGUCCGGAUGGAGCCCAGCUGAGCUCUGCAUUUGACAAACGGUUUUCUGAGGAGUGCUUAUCCUCUCUCGGGAAGACGCUGGGCAACAUCGCUCGCGUGGUGCCCCAUGGGCUCCUGGUCUUCUUCCCUUCCUACCCGGUCAUGGAGAAAAGCCUGGCGUUCUGGCGGACCCGGGACUUGGCCAGGAAAGUGGAAGCACUGAAGCCUCUGUUUGUGGAACCCAGGAGCAAGGGCAGCUUCUCAGAGGUCAUUGAUGCCUACUACAAACAGGUGGCCUCUCCUGGGUCCAGUGGGGCCACCUUCCUGGCGGUGUGCCGGGGCAAGGCCAGCGAGGGACUGGACUUCUCAGACAUGAAUGGCCGUGGUGUGAUCAUCACAGGCCUCCCAUACCCCCCACGCAUGGACCCCCGGGUUGUCCUCAAGAUGCAGUUCCUGGACGAAAUUCAGGGCCAGAGCCAAGCUGGGGUCCAGUUCCUCUCUGGGCAGGAGUGGUACCGUCAACAGGCAUCCAGGGCUGUGAACCAGGCCAUAGGGCGGGUGAUCCGGCACCGCCAUGAUUAUGGGGCCGUCUUCCUCUGUGAUCACAGGUUUGCCUAUGCUGAUGCCAGAGCCCAGCUACCCUCCUGGGUACGACCUCACGUCAAAGUGUAUGACAGCUUUGGCCCCAUGAUCCGAGAUGUGGCCCAGUUCUUCCGUGUUGCUCAGAAAACUGUGCCGGUGCCAUCCCCCCGGGUUCUAGCUCCUCUGGCUGUGGCCUCAAGUCUGGGUGAGGGAGAGCGUGCUGUCAGGGUGGCCACACGUCUGGGGCCCUGCCUGCCUACCAGGAAAGCUAAGAGUCUGGACCUGCAUAUCCCCAGUCUAAAGCAGAGGCCCUCAGGGUCACCAGCUCCCAGGGACCCCGAGAGCAGCCUAUGUGUGGAAUAUGAGCAGGAGCCAGUCCACACCCAGUGGAGACCCACAGGGCUGCUGGCCGCCCUGGAGCAUAGCGAGCAGCAGGGCCAGGGGCCUGGGGCCAAGGCCCAUGCUGCUGCAGAGGAGGCACAUGGCAGCUGCACCCUGCCCAUCCGGUGUGAGAAGAGGCUUGCAGAUGAACAGAGAGGAGGGAGGAAGAAAGUCAGACUGGUCAGCUGCCUGGAGGAGCCAGCAGCUGGCACACAGAUGGGUAAAGCCAGGAUUUUCAUGGCAGCCGUGAAGGAGGUACUGAGCCAGGCCAACUUCAACACCUUCACCCAGGCCCUGCAAGACUACAAGGGCUCUGAUGACUUUGCAGCCCUGGCAGCCUCCAUCAGCCCUCUCUUUGCUGAGGACCCUGAGAAGCAUAGCCUGCUCCAAGGCUUCUACCAGUUUGUGCGGCCCCACCACAAGCAACAAUUUGAGGAAAUUUGUGUCCAGUUGACAGGCCGAGGCUGCGGCUACCGGCCUGAGCAUAGCCUUUCUCGACGGCAGUGGGCACAGUUAGCCCUGGACCCCAGUGGAAAGAGGGAGCCUGAUCCUAAGCUGACCCUGUCCACAGAUGUGGCUGGGCAGCUGGAUUCCAGAGAGCACCUGAACCAGGGUGGCCCCCACCUAACCAACAGGCCACCCUGCACAGGAGACUCCAGCAGCUGUCCACAAGCAGGACCCAGAACAGAGAAGCGGGGCCAGCGUGCUGUGAGCACCUAUCUGGCCGACGCCCACAGGGCCCUGGGGUCUGCAGGCUGUAGCCAGCUUCUGACUGCGCUGAGAGCCUAUAAAAAGGACGAUGACCUCAACAAGGUGCUGGCUGUGCUGGCUGCACUGACCACUGCAAGACCCGAAGACUUCUCGCUGCUGCAAAGGUUUGGCAUGUUCGUGCGCCCACACCACAAGCCGCGCUUCUUGGAGAUGUGCAGGGACCUGACCGGCCUGCCCUCCCCAAGCACGGGCACAGGGUCGUUGGGACCCCAGGAAAGCCCUGCUGUGCCUCCUGAGUUUGUCUGUCAGCCUCCGCAGCCAAGGCCCUCACAGUUGGAGAAAACUGGGAAAGCUGAGAGCAAGAUCUUGUCCUUUCUCGGACAGAAGCCGUCUGGGGACUCAGGGCUCAACGGUGCAGCAGGGCCUGGUGCAUCCUACGGGCAGUCUGCACUGGGUGAGCCUUGUGGGAAGGGCAGCCUCCAGCAGCGAGCCACAGGUGCUCACUGUAGGCCACUUGCAGCAAGCUUCCCAUGUCAGGGCUGUGGGGCUGAGAACACGGUGCUCUUCCAGUGCCCUUCCUGCGACUUCCACCGCUGCCAGGCCUGCUGGCAGCGGCACCUCCAGCCUGGGUGUCUCCACAGAUCUCUAGGACAUGUCCAGCGUGCCAUGCCACCUCCAGGAAGCAAAGCCUCACACAGGUCUUCUGGCUAGAGCCCCAGUGAGCCCCUCAAGGAAAUCCUCGGGUCACCGCCACCGUGGCUGUUAACACUUGCCCAUCCAGCUCUGGUGUGGGCUGAGCCUACUCAACAAGGCCUGGUGCCUGCCUGCCAGGCCCAGUAUAGGCUGCAGAGGGGCAGGACCCAGAGUUCUUCCUGAAACUGGUGUAGGCUCUGGGCCUUACUGCAGAGCCCUGGCUUUGGGAAAGGAAGGGGCUUCUCUGGCAUUUGGUUUAUGAGUGGUUUCCCAGGGGCAUCUCAGCUGAGCCAGGAGGGGAGCCCAUGUGGACAUGUGCUGACUUUUAAUUAGAGAACAGGGACGUCUAAUAAAGUUGUGGCAGUGCCCAGGACAGUG